AUGGAGAAUCCGCGCCGGCACUCCGGCUCCUCCGCGAGCAGGCGGCUGCGCUACCUCCUCGCCCUGGCUGGCGACUACCUCAAGUACCUCUUCAUCAAGCGGCGCCGGCUCAUGCACAAGGUGGCGCGGAGAACGCUGGCGCUCGUCCACCGCCAUGGCGGUGAGCGCAGCAAGAGCCACCACCCGUGGCCUCGCGCGCUGAUGGAGCACGAGUUCUCGUGCGCCGACAGCCCCAGCUCCGCGUUCCUCGCGGCGAAGAGGCUGCUGCUGCGGUCACGGCUGAAAGGCAGUGGCGCCGCGUCCUCAGCGGCAGGGGCUGUGUCUUCCUGCUUCGGCUCGUUCCGAGCUCCGUUCGGUUCGCCCGGCGGCGACGAGACGGUGGCAUCUGAGACAGAGGCUGCGGAAGAGGAGGAGGAUCAGCUGGAAACGACGGAGGACGAGGAAGAAGAUGAUGAUCAGGUACGAGCAGCCGAGGACGACGGUGGUUGGCUGCAGUGCGGUGACCUUCUUGACGUGGACGACAGGGCGGAGGAGUUCAUCAACAUGUUCUACGAGCAGCUCAGGGCGCAGAACUUUGCCGCGGUUUUCCAUUACUCACCAUGA